GGGCGUGCCGGUGAAAUACCCGGAUGUGAUGGGCCAUGUGCAGCGCAGCGCUGUCCUCCGGUCCAGUCUCAUCAUUCCGUCUCACAGACGAGCACCCUGUAGCCGCUCCGAGCCUUUUACCUCACAGAGAUGUUUCGUUUACCGACAGUCAUGAAGCAGGUGAGGCCCGUGUGCAGGGCGCUGGCUCCUCACCUCACACGAGCCUACGCCAAGGAUGUCAAGUUUGGAGCUGAUGCACGUGCCCUCAUGCUGCAGGGAGUGGACCUGCUGGCUGAUGCCGUGGCUGUCACCAUGGGUCCAAAGGGUCGCACUGUCAUCAUCGAGCAGACAUGGGGCAGCCCUAAGGUCACCAAGGACGGUGUGACGGUGGCCAAGAGCAUCGACCUGAAGGACAAGUACAAGAACAUUGGCGCCAAGCUGGUGCAGGACGUGGCCAACAACACCAAUGAGGAGGCCGGCGACGGCACCACUACCGCCACAGUGCUGGCUCGUGCCAUCGCCAAGGAGGGUUUCGACACCAUCAGCAAGGGAGCUAACCCCGUGGAGAUCCGCCGCGGAGUCAUGAUGGCUGUGGAGCACGUCAUUAACGAGCUGAAGAACCUGUCCAAACCAGUCACAACCCCUGAGGAGAUCGCACAGGUUGCUACAAUCUCAGCCAACGGCGACGUGGAGAUUGGUAACAUCAUCUCCAACGCCAUGAAGAAAGUCGGCCGCAAAGGAGUCAUCACUGUUAAGGAUGGGAAGACUCUGCACGAUGAGCUGGAGAUCAUUGAGGGCAUGAAAUUUGACCGCGGUUACAUCUCCCCUUACUUCAUCAACACUGCCAAAGGUCAGAAAUGUGAGUUCCAGGACGCCUACCUGCUGCUGAGUGAGAAGAAGAUCUCCAGUGUCCAGAGCAUCGUGCCAGCCCUGGAGAUCGCCAACCAGCACCGCAAACCACUGGUCAUUGUGGCUGAGGAUGUGGACGGAGAGGCCCUCAGCACCUUGGUUCUCAACAGACUGAAGGUCGGCCUUCAGGUGGUCGCUGUUAAAGCUCCAGGCUUCGGAGACAACAGGAAGAAUCAGCUGAAGGACAUGUCUGUCGCCACUGGAGGAACUGUGUUUGGAGAUGAGUCUCUGGGCCUUGCUCUCGAAGACAUCCAGGCUCAUGACUUCGGCAAAGUGGGCGAGGUGCAGAUCACCAAAGACGACACCUUGCUGCUGAAAGGAGGCGGCAGCCCAGCUGAGGUCGACAAGCGGGCGGCAGAGAUUGCAGAGCAGCUGGAGCACACCACCAGCGACUACGAGAAGGAGAAACUCAACGAGAGGCUGGCCAAGCUGUCUGACGGAGUGGCCGUGCUCAAGAUCGGAGGAACGAGUGACGUGGAGGUGAACGAGAAGAAGGACCGUGUGACGGACGCUCUGAAUGCCACCCGGGCGGCUGUGGAGGAGGGUAUCGUACCAGGUGGAGGCUGUGCCCUGCUGCGCUGCAUCCCGUCCCUUGAUACCCUAAAAACUGCCAACGCCGACCAGAAGAUCGGUGUGGACAUCAUCAGACGGGCACUCCGUAUCCCCGCCAUGACCAUCGCUAAGAACGCAGGCGUGGAGGGUUCGCUAGUAGUGGAGAAGAUCCUGCAGGGGGCGGCCGAACUCGGCUAUGAUGCCAUGCAGGGAGAGUACGUCAACAUGGUGGAGAAGGGCAUCAUUGACCCCACCAAGGUGGUGAGGACAGCCCUGUUGGAUGCUGCAGGAGUAGCAUCUCUGCUCUCCACUGCUGAGGCCGUGGUCACAGAGAUACCCAAGGAGGAGAAGGAGAUGCCAGGAGGCGGUAUGGGAGGCAUGGGUGGCAUGGGUGGCAUGGGCGGUAUGGGAGGUGGCAUGGGUUUCUAGGCCAACCCUCCUGACUGCUGUACAGACUAACAGGCAGAGUGGUGCUGAAGGUGGCUGAGGAACAGAAGAAAAUCCUCCAAGAACCUGCACCAGACUUUGCCCAUACUGACUGACUAUGAGUAUGUUGGAGCUGCAAAUAGUUAAUGACCCCCCCCCCCCCCACUUCUUCACAUGAUUCUGCCUCCUGCCUCUCUUUCUGGGUUUAUGGAGGAGCCACAAACUCAGCCAGUUGUCCCACUCAACCGGUCUGAGAGCCCAUUAAGCCCAGUUAGACCAGGAUCCUCCUCAGCACCUCUACUCUAAACUCAUCAUAAAACAGCCCGCAGAUAAAGAUGCUCCUACGUUUCAUCAGAGAGGUCGUGAAGAAGAAACUAACAGUGUAAACGUCGAUGCUGCUCUGUGUUACCGCAGAGAGGAGAAAAGAUGCCUACCACGAGUCAGUCCUUAUUUCUGUCAUAGUAUUUUGUUAAUUGUUUUGUUUUUUAUAUAUCUGUCAUUUUUCUUUGUGCCAGCUAAUAUUUUGACUUCAAGUCUGUCAUUUGAUUUAAUUAAACUUUCUUCCAGAGCUCAAGUCUGCGUAACAUUACAUUGUCUGUCUGAUGUCACAUGACCACAGCUGAAAGAAGAGUGCCUAAAUGAGCACGUUGAGUGUCACCAGGGCCUGAAAGCAUGUUUACUGACAUCUCUGCUUUUAAGGCUUUGGAGUCAUUUCCAUGCAUGAAUCAUUGUUAGGUUGUGUGUGUUUGUUUGUUUUUGAUCAUGAGUCAGCUGAAUAUUGAUUUGAUGGCAUAUGGCUGAUUGUAUAUGAGAGGGGAGGAGUCAUGAGUCUAAAUGUGAAAACGUGCAGUGUCCUUGUGCUGUUUAUUAUUGAUCUUCACCAGUGAGACUCUGCUCAUGCGCUCUGCUUUCACUGCGAGUCAGAGAAACCACAUCCAGAUAUUACUUCAUAAAGCACAGCUGUUUCUGUUCCACGUUAUUCCUCUGCAAACAGCAGUGAUCAUUCGACUUGUUUUGUACAAUGUAGACAUGAUUAAUGGUGAAUGGUAUGUUUUUUUUUUUUUAUUUAAUAAAAUCAGUUGUUCAGAUA